ACUUCUGCUUGAACUUCUUCCUCCACUUCCGAAAAUCGACAUGUCUUACGUCAUCUUUGGUCGCGCCAUUAAAACUGAGUACCUCACGUUGGGUACACUUUUCGCGACCGGCGGUGCCGUGUAUGCAUCCCUUGGUGGAAAGAAGGAUUCUACAUCUUCAGGCAAACCUCUUGCAGAGCGCGUGAAGGAGGCUGUACCCAUAAAUGCUGGCUCUAGUGAAGAGGAACAAUUUAUCAAGAACUUUAUUGCAGAAGCCGAGAAGGAGGGCGGGGUAGCGCAUCAUUGAUUCAGUUUCUCGUAUUAAUAUACAAUACGAAGCGGCCAACAUGUAGUUACCUUGAUGAGACAUACCAGCCAGUGACCUCUGGAAAUAGAGAUUUUCCUCGCUUCAUCCUUCUAGUUUC